AUGGCCCCAAGAAGAACGCAGCAGGUGGGGGCGGGGCCAUCCAUGGAGCAAGCCUACAUCUCCAAGGUGGUUCUGCUGGGGAGCGCGGCCGUGGGAAAGUCAAGCACAGCCUUCUGCCGUGUGAAAAAUGACAUCAGGGAAUCCGUGCCCACUGUGGGAUGUUCUUUCUUCACCCAGCUGGUAUGUUUAGAGACUGCCACGAUCAAGCUUGUGAUCUGGGACACUGCAGGACAGGAGAAAUACCAUGGUGUUUGCCAUCUUUAUUACAGGGGGGCGAAUGCUGCCCUUCUUGUAUUUGACAUAGCCAGAAAGGCAACUUUUGCGAGAGCAAAGCCAUGGUUGAGGGAAUUAGAGAAGGAAUUUCUUCCCGAUGAGCUCGUGAUUGUUUUAGUUGGCAAUAAGAUAGAUCUUGCUGCUCAGCGGGAAUUCACCUUUGAGGAGGCGGAGGAGUUUGCAAAGAGUGAAAGCUUAACCUACAUGGAAACGUCGGCAAAAUCCAACCACCAAGUGACCGAGGUGCUUAUGGCCAUAGCUCCCGAGUUAUUGAAAUAGGAACAACAGAAGGAACCAGCCCCUCAGCCUCA